UUGCUGCAGACAUGUAUCAGUUCCUGAAAGAAAGUUGUAAUGCAUGUAUAAAUGCAGAUAUGAGCACAUUCCCAGCUUGCUCAGUGGCUGGUAUUCCAGGUGCAAAGAAAUGGUAUUUUGCAAGUCAUGUCAUCUGUGGUUAUUAUCAGUUCUGCAGUUCUGACUGGGAGGAAAUAAAUGUUGACACACAGAAAAAUGAAGACUCUUACCAAGCAAGCAUUGAUGAGAACCUAGGAACCACACAAAGUUUUGAGGAGGAUGACAGUAACAGUCAGGAAUCACUGUCUCUGGCUGAUAUCUAUGAUGAAGCUGCUGAAAGUCUACAUCAAUUAGCUGAUAAAUUGCCUGCCCCAGGCAGAGCAAUGGUUGAUGUAAUCCUGCAGGCUGUUGAAUGUGAUGGACCCAAGUUAAAGGACUGCUUACCUGCUGUUGGUGCCCUGAAACACCUGAGAGAGUGGCACUCUGCACAGAUCACUAUUGCUGCAAGUGAUGCUAAAGGUAGCUGGCAGAAGAUUGCAGACUAUCUGUCAGCAGACUUGGUAUCUUCAGGUGAUAUAAUGAAUAGUAUUGAUUUAAAUGAACUCUGGAGAGGAAGGAUUCAGAUAUGGGAAAGAAAGUUUGGAUCGGGAGUAGAUUUUCCAGAAUUUUGUAUAAAGAGCACUUCAGCCAAGACAUUCAGGACUGCAAAUUUAAGUUCUUGCUUUGCUGCUAAAAAAGAGUGCCAAUUGAGGAAUACUGAUACUUUGCCAGAAGUUUUUCAUUACUAUGGUCCUGCGCUGGAAUUUUUGCAGAUGGUGGUGGUCUCUGAUCUACCUUCCAUUUUUAUAUCAGAUCUGGAGUUUGAGCUGAGCCUGUCAAGAAAGAAUAACAAGAAGACAUCUACACUGCUUUUGGACCAGAUUUCUUUUUUCUCUGGGAAGGUGGGAGCUUUAUUUACAUUGCCAUGCAAUGUAAGCAGUGUAGUGAUCCCAUCUCCUGCCCAGCUGAGCUCCAAGAAAUGGAAGGAAUACAUGGCUAAGAAACCCAAGGUCAUCUCUGUUCCAGAAAUUGAACUGAAAGGAGAAUCUUGCCGAUAUUAUUUCUUGGUACAAGGCAAUGGCUCUGGAGGAUGUAAAGCAACCUUGAUUCAUUCAGCUGGCCAGAUCAAUGGGAUGGCUACUCUUGCUGCAGUAAAUGGAAAGCUAAAGGCAAAAGCAGGAGAAACAGAUUCAGGCUUUCAUGUUUCUGACUUUAUCAAGUCUCUGCCAUGCUAUUAUGGAGAGGAUAUUGUACAGAGAGAAACAAAACUGUCACGUCUCCAAGUCUUUGCCUUGAAGGAGUAUCUCAAAAGAAAGGAAUUGACCAAGCAGCCUCUAGUUAUUUCUACCAAUGAGUUUAAAAGCUUAUUAAAACUCACAAGAGAAUGUUUUUUGGACUCGUGCAGCACUAAUCUUCCUAAACCUGUUCUACAGAAGGUCUGCAAUAAAACCAGAUCAUGCACUGAGACUUGUGAGUCUGACUUAAUAGAGCCAAAUCCAUUGGAGUGGCCAGAAAGACACGUUCUUCAAAAUUUAGAAAACUUUGAAAAAAACAAACAAAAAAUGAGAGUUCCUCUGUUUGCACAUUCACCUGAGCAGCUGCUGGGACACAAGGACAGCCAGAGGGAGUCCCUGACCUUGCUGGAUGCCAAAGAGCUGCUCAAGUUCUUCACCCCAGAGGGGCUGCCCGUGGGGGAGCUCCAGCCACUGCAAGUUCCCAAGCGUGAAAAUGCAUUUCUUUUGACACCAGACCUUACUCCUCGAAAACUCAGAGGUUUGCCUUUUGAAAAAGCAGCUGGAUGCCAUUACCAUGGACUUGAAUACUGUCUUGAUGACAGAAGAGCCUUGGAGAGAGAUGUGGGAUAUGCUGAACUUCAAACUCGCCUUAUUCGCUAUGAAACUCAGACUACUUGCACCAAAGAGUGCUGCCCUGUGCCUCUUGUCCUGAGUCCUCUCCCAUCUCCUGCAGUCUUGUCAGAGCCUGGAAGUGUCCCUGAUGGAGAGACUUUGCAAAGUGAAUUCAAAACAGAGACAUCAAGGCUAAAACGCAGAUCAAAAGACCUGGAUUACUUUUAUCCCAAGAAAAGGCUGAGCAGAUGUGAGAGCACAGAGUCGCUGCUGUGGCAGGCAGGGGGGAGCAGCAGCAGGAGUCACCGUGCAGUGGCUGUGCCGAGGAAGCGCUCGGACAGGGACAGGUCCCGGUCCCCUGGUGCGGCUGCAGCGCCAUCGAAGCCGCCCGGCCACGGCCACCGAGCUGCCGCCAGCGCCGGCCCGGCCGCACAGCCCGAGCCUGCCAGGCCAGAGAAGGAGUCGAGAUCCCAGAAACACACCAGGAUGCUGAAGGAGGUGGUUGCUAAGACUCUUCAAAAACAUGGAAUUGCAGAAGAUCAUAAGUGCUUUGCAUCAUGCAGCCAGCGUCUAUUUGAGAUAUCAAAAUUCUACUUAAAGGACCUAAAAACUUCUAGAGGACUUCUUGAUGAAAUGAAGAAAACAGCAAAUAGCAAUGCUAAGCAGGUGAUUGAAUGGGUUUUGGAGAAGACUAGCAAGUAGAGGCACUGUGUGGAUUCUAUUCACACCUUCCCAGGAGCUGUGGAGACACAGCACUUCUGACUUGAGAAGCAUUACCCUGCCCAAUGCGCACACAGAUCUGCACACUGGGAGGACUGUGGUCAGUGGAGUUAUAUAGACUCAUUCUUCAAGCACUGGAGCAAGGUUGGAAACUUUUUAUACUGAAAGUUUUUAAUGUUUUUUUUUAAUUCAAAUCAAAAGAAGUUGUAUUUUAUAUGUGUAUUUAUUACGUUUGUUAAAACUAAUAUAG